AUUAGCUGAUUACAUUGCAGGAUUUCACAAGCAAUCUUAAGAGCAAGGAGCACAAUCAGGGACCAUCAGCAACUGAUUCAGCAUCUGUACCAGUGGAAGUUGAGCUGGGAGGUCCAGAGAUGUGUGCUCUGUAUGAGCAGGCCUGUAAAGAGGGGACCACUCAAGUCUUCAACAUCAGACUGAUACUGUCUGGGAAACAUGGGAAUGGUAAAAGCAGCCUGAAGAACAGCUUGCUUCAAAUCGAGUUCCACAAAGAUGAGGAGAGCACUGAUGGUAUUGUCAUCACUUCAUGUCUCAUGACUGGGAAAGAAGAAUGGAAAAUCACCAAAGAGACGAAGGACAGUGAGUUUGUGCAUGCUGCUGCCAUAGAAAUGAAGAAGAUGAAAGAAGGGAGGAAACAACUGUUACCACAAAGCAUGUCCAGAAAGCCAGAGGGAGACAAGGAGUUAAGACAAGAAACGUUCAGAUCUGAACCACACCAAACAGCUCCUGCAAGUCAAGAGCACCAAAGAGAGCCUGUUGCAAGCACUUCUUCACACGUACAACCCUCUGCAAGUAACCAGUCUAGUAGCACUAGUGCCAGAAGAGCAGCUACGCAGUCAGAGGACUACAAACGUGCCACCCAAAUUUUUCUCGGCAAAGAUGACCUGUCCAACGUCGUUGGAUCAAAGGAACAUCCUGCCAUUUCAAUCUGGGACUACGCCGGCCAUGACGUGUACUACAGCAGCCACCAUGUCUUCUACAGUCAUUAUGCCAUCUACAUCGUGACCCUGAACCUUGAGAAACCUCUGGACACCCCACUCAAGCCAUGGCCUGGCAGCUGUGCAGGAGCACUUCAACUCAGAACAGAAGGAGAUGUCUUUGACUACCAUCUGGAGUCCAUUCGAGCACACACCGGACCAAACAAGAGGACCCUACUGAGUGAUGACCAGCAACAAGACAAAGGGCCCCCUGUGAUUGUGGUUGGUACACACAAGGACCAAGUAGAGCAGGAACAGAUUGAUGAGUUGUUCUCCAACCUCAAAGAGCAUCUCAGUGGGAAGGCCAUUGACAGCCAUGUGUAUGACAGGUACUUCGCUAUUGACAACACCAAGCGUGAUCCAGAAGAUCAAGAGAUGUCACAUCUGAGAGAUUUUAUCCUCAAGAUUGCCCAACAGCAAAACCACAUGGGCAGGAGAAUCCCAAUCAGAUGGCUGGAGCUGAAGUCCAAGCUGGUGGAAAUGGAGAAGCAGGGCAGGAAGUACUGCAGCCUUCAGGAUGUGCUGAAAGCUACAGACAGUUCUGAUCUACCUGAAGGAGUCACUCCAGAGAGAAACGCUGUCACAAUCCUGAGGUUCUUUCAUCUGUGCGGAGACAUCCUCUUCUUCGACAGCCCAGAACUCCGCAACCUUGUGGUCCUGGACCCGCAGUGGUUUGUGGACGUGCAGAAAACAAUCAUCACCAUCCCCAAGUUUCGGGAUCCCGAAGUGAAAGACAAGUGGAGACUGCUGGAGUCAACAGGUAUGUUAGAAGACAGCCUGAUACAGCAUGUGUGGAAGAAGAGACAAGAGGAACUCGAGUAUGACCUUAUCAACCACAAAGAUGAGCUACUGAAGAUGAUGGAACAGUUUGACCUGAUCCUACAAUGCAGUACUAGCAAAGAUGAUGAGACAGACACAAGUACAAACACCUCAAGCCCACAGAACCCCACCUACUUUGUUCCAUCUCUCCUGACUGCUGUGAAGGACAGGAAGAAACUGUAUCCAAAAGGGGUGAAGUGCAGCAAGCCUAUCAUUGCUGUAUUUGAUGACAAGUUCUGCCCUGUUGGUGUGUACCAUCGCCUUGUCAUUGCAAGCAUGCGUCGACAUAACAAGCUGAGGCCACUGGCAUAUGCAAGCUGUGCAAGGUUCAUCACAAACAACCCAAAGCAGACCUUCGUCAUCACCAAGAAAGACCACCGCCUGAAGGUGGAGCUGUUGUCGUCAGAGAAGGAAGAGUCUGCCUGCUUCAGCCAUGGUCCAGCUGUCCGAAAAGGUCUGGAUGAAGACCUGCGGGAGAUCAUCAACAAGUGGAUCCCGGGUAUCAGGUACAAGUGGUGCCUCCAGUGUUGCUGUGACAGCCACAAGGAGACGGAGGAGCUGGAUGAAGACAGCUUCAUCCCAAUCACAAGUGUCCAUGAAUGGUUCAAGGGAGAAGUCGUCUGUGAAACCUACUCGCCUGCCACAACCACCAUCGAAGACAUCGGUCUUGGACACUGGUUCCAGAAACCGCCAAAAGAUGCUGCAGCUGGUCAAAGGAGCAGAGUCCCACAACAGGAUCAGUCAGAAUCUGAACAACAGAAGUCAACAGAAGAGUGUGAUAUCUCAUUUGUAGCAUGGUGCAUCCCCAUUGUUGUUGAACUGAAGCCACCGUGGAGGGAGCUUGGGAGAAACCUGGGUCUGUCUGAAGCUGACAUGGAGAGAAUCAGCCAGAAGCACCAGGAAGACACAGGGAGAUGCUGUUUGGCAGUACUGGAACAGUGGCUACAUCUCUCUGGUACUGAUGCAACUGUAGAGGGACUGAAGAGUGCACUGGACAUGGCAGGACAAAGGGCAGUAGUGGAGAAGUUGAACACAAGUGAACAGUCAAUGAGAAGAGAGUUACUGGAUUUGCAGGACCAAGUAACAAGCAUUCUACGUGCUGACUUCCCCAACCUGAACUUUGUCCCAGACAAGAACAAGAAAGCAGAUGAAGACAGACAGGAGCUCAACAGGAAGACACUUCGGGAGGAAAUGUUCUCCAGUAGUACAAACUACAGCCUUGAAUCUAAUGUCUAUGAUCUGAUAUAUGACAGAAAACAAUCAGUCUGUCGUAUCAACUGGCCUACUGGUUCUGGAACAGGCUUUCUGUUGAGCAAGGGAAAGGUUCUCACAUGUUACCAUGUAUAUAGAAAGAUGUACAGGGACUUAUGGUCAUUUCCUGAUACAAGCCUGUAUACUGCAACAUUCUUUGUGUCUGCUGAGAGGGAACACAAAGUUCCUUUUGAAGCUCCUGCAGCUAUGCUAAAAUGCUACAGUGAAGAGCUAGAUUAUGCUAUUCUCCAACUGGCAGGUGGAGACGAGGCAGAAAGAAUUGACAGCCUACCUCUUCUUGGACGUUCUAUCUCAGAAAGUGAGGACGACAGAAAGAUGGUGGUUGUUGUCGGCCACCCUCAUGGUGGGAGCAAGAAGGUUGACUUCUGCCCCAUCGCUGGGGUGGUUGAGAAGUACGCCAUUCAUGUUCGCUCUCCAAACCUAAUCCAGGCAGACACACGUAAGCCCCUGUACCACACAGGUGUGAUGUUCCACGGCUCCUCAGGCUCCCCAGGGUUUGACAUGUAUGGUAAUGUGGUGCUCAUGCACACCAGGGGGUUCCCAGAAGGCAGAAGUAAAAGCCGCAUUGAGUGCGGGGUCCUUCUGACUGCCAUCAAAGACCAUGCACGUCAAACCCUGCAACCUGAGAAUUUCAGUGAGAUCUUUCCCUUGUGAUUUGGAUAGUUUUCUUUUGUGUCGCCUGCAAUCAGCUGACCAUUGUACAGGAUGUUUAGUCAUGCAGUAUGAUUUUCAUCAUCAUCAUAGUUGUACAUAGAGAAUGCCAAUGUUAAGAAUUCCACUGUAUUCAUGUUGUAGUGUUAAAUCACUUGAUAUACAUUAAUAUUGAUGUAUUCUACAGUGGGUACAGUAAUUAAGUUCUAUGAUUUCUUGUCAAAGUUUAGUGAAAUAGUAUUUGAAUCCUCAUGGUUCCAAAUGCUGGUAUAUAGAAUUAAUUAUUGAAGGCUUUGAACAAAGUAUUGGAAUACAAUUAUGAAUAUGGAGGGACCAGAAUUUCAAAUGUGAAUAUAGAGUGGUAAAAAAAUUGGAGCAUGAUUAUAAAGAUCAUGCAAUAUAUAGCUAAUCAACGUGAUUUUGUUUGAGACUCACAAGUGGAUAUUGUUUUGUCAAAAAUUUGAGGCAAUGUUUAAAACUUUCAUUCAGUUUUUGAGAAACACUGUUUGGCAACCAUAACAAUCAUUCAAUCCAUUGUGUUGAGUUGACUUGUGUGCCAGUGUGUGCCUAGCAAUGUCAAUUAUUCCAGAUUUGUCAAUAAAUGUCAUUUCCUUGUAUGCUAA